AUUUUAAAAGGGCCGGAGAUUGCAGGCGUCAGUGGUCAUGGCGGAUACAGCGACUACAGCAUCGGCGGCGGCGGCUAGUGCCGCUAACACCUCGACCGAUGCACCUCCUUUCCAGCUGGGCAAACCUCGCUUCCAGCAGACAUCCUUCUAUGGCCGCUUCAGGCACUUCUUGGAUAUCAUUGAUCCUCGCACACUCUUUGUUACUGAGAGACGUCUCAGAGAGGCUGUGCAGCUGCUGGAGGACUACAAGCAUGGGACCCUGCGCCCAGGGGUCACCAAUGAGCAGCUCUGGAGUGCACAGAAAAUCAAGCAGGCUAUUCUACACCCAGAUACCAAUGAGAAGAUCUUCAUGCCCUUUAGAAUGUCAGGUUACAUUCCUUUUGGGACGCCAAUUGUAGUUGGUCUUCUCUUGCCCAACCAGACACUGGCAUCCACUGUCUUCUGGCAGUGGCUGAACCAGAGCCACAACGCUUGUGUCAACUAUGCAAACCGGAACGCUACCAAGCCUUCUCCUGCGUCCAAGUUCAUCCAGGGCUACCUGGGAGCUGUCAUCAGCGCCGUCUCCAUUGCUGUGGGCCUUAAUGUCCUGGUUCAGAAAGCCAACAAGUUCACCCCAGCCACCCGUCUUCUUGUCCAGAGAUUUGUGCCAUUCCCUGCUGUAGCCAGUGCCAACAUCUGCAACGUGGUCCUGAUGCGGUACGGGGAGCUGGAGGAAGGGAUCGAUGUCCUGGAUGGUGAUGGCAACCUCGUGGGCUCCUCCAAGAUUGCAGCCAGACAUGCCCUGCUCGAGACGGCGCUGACGCGAGUGGUCCUCCCCAUGCCCAUCCUGGUGCUCCCCCCGAUCGUCAUGUCCAUGCUGGAGAAGACGGCUCUCCUGCAGGCGCGCCCCCGGCUGCUCCUCCCUGUACAAAGCCUUGUGUGCCUGGCAGCCUUCGGCCUGGCCCUGCCGCUGGCCAUCAGCCUCUUCCCGCAGAUGUCAGAGAUCGAGACGUCCCAGUUAGAGCCUGAAAUUGCCCGGGCCACGAGUAGUCGGACGGUGGUAUACAACAAGGGGCUGUGAGUGGUGGCCGGCCGGCCUGGGGAUGGAGUGCUAUCCAGGCCGGGGAGCCGGGGGCGGGAAGGAGUCUCCCGGCUGCACCUGCAGGGAGGGGCAAGCUGAUCCCACUGGUCCUGGGCCACCUGGGGGAGCACUGGACCCACAGUGGUAGGGAGACUAAUCUAUUCACAUGUUAACAUAAGGGUGAGGAAUUCUGACACAUUUCCUAUAAGAAAUAAUCAAGUGCAUUUCUGGGCCUUACGUGGGGUUGUCAAAACUCUACUCAGCACAAUUAUCUGUGAAGCUGAAAAAUUGUAGAGUGCCCACGGGAUAGACUUAGGAUCCUUUUAUACUUUGGGUUUUUUUUUUUCUUUUGUUUUUUAUCUGAAUCAAGUCUGAGCCUUGGCUGCAGUGGCCCUGAUGGCGGCAGCGGACCAGUGGUGGCAGUAGGAAUAGGCCAGGACGCUGGUAGAUUCAAGACAUUAUGGUGGCCGGGCCCAAUGGCUCCCUGAGCUGGGCUGGGGGUAGGGGAGGCAGUCUACACCUCACAGGAGGAAGCAGCUAUGACUGAGGUCCUCAGGAGGUGGCCCAGGGAGUCAGAAGCACUGGAAGCCUCUGGAAGAUUCUGUGGGCAGUUGACUCUGAGUGUGGCUGGCCUUCAUCCAUGCUACAACCUGCAGAACCAAUCCCUCUGCACGAAGCCCAGUGCCUGGGGCUGGGGUCACCCUUCAUGGAAUCCCGAUCCAUUCGAGGCCCCAGCUUCAGGCAAGAAGCCCCAAGAAGGAAUGAUGUUUGGCUGGAAUUGUGGGCCUGCACUUUGACCUCUGCAGGGUGACCCUCCUUCUAGUCACCAGGCUGGAAGCUGGGCUGUGGGGCUGAGGAUGGGGCUGGAGCUGGAGCUGGACCGACCUCCAUCUGGGGGGCUCUCAGGCCCCAACGCUUCCUGCUCCAUCCCACUGCUUCCUGAGUGGGAGGGUCUUAUGCCUGAGUGCAGAGGCAGGUUUCUAGGUACCAAUCUGAGAGUCAGCAUCAAGCCAGGAACUGCAGGCCCUGGCUGUGGCACCAAUGGGCUGUGUGACCUUGGACAAGUCUGCUCCCCUCUCUGAGCCUCUACUCCCCAUCCGGAACCAGAGGACUGGAUCAGGGCGUUCCCACCGACUCUUCCAGCUAACCUCGUCUUUGCCUGUCCUGCUCAGAUGCUGGUCAUCCCAGGCACAUCCCCAGUGUGGACACUGAACUGGGAAAGGGGCAGGCCCCUUUGGGAAUGGCCUCAGGAGCUAGACCUUGACUUUCUGUAUGUGAACCCACAUCCUGGGAACACUUGAUCUUUGCCCCUUUUCAGUUCUGAAGGAGGAGAUAGUGUGGGUGGCUGGGCCUAAGUGUGGCUCCACACCCACGUGCCACCUCUCACCCUGCACCGGCCUCCGAGGCCACUUGCUGCUGGCUCCUGUCUCUUCCCAUUGGCAAGCCAGGAAAAGGAGAGGCCUGCAGGGGCUCUGCAGAAGACAGCAGGACCCGAGGUGAGGGUGAACAGGGCAAACAAAGAGGAAGCAUGGGCCCCAUUGUACCCUUCACCUGCCCCCAGCUGGAAUGGAGCCCUCAACAUGCAGCCACAUGGCCUCCUCACCUCCCUGGUGACUCCACCUGGGGAGAGACCUGGCUGGAGGUGAACACAGGCAUGUGCAGGAAAAGACUAGUGCAGGGCAGCAAGGCUGUGGCCAUGGGCAGCUCUCACCAUCCUCUGUGCAGGGGUGGUUGUGGGAAGGUGGGUCUUCCACAGGCACUGGCACCAUGUACCCCCUCAGAACCCCGUGCUGUCUGUGAGAACCUCCCAGCCUGGCCCUGCUAUUUCUGCAGAAUGCUGCCCUGAGGGCCCCCCACUCUCCUGAGGAGCAGCACCCCCCUACCAGUCAGGAAGGGGUGAACACAGAGCAGGUAGGGAGAACAGAACAGCAGAGAAAAAGGGGCAAGUAUUUUUGAGCCAAUCCUGCCAUAAUGUGACCGUGCCAAUGACAGGCUGGGUGUUUCUGGGUCCCCUUUUGAAAAGCUCUCUUCAAACUCACCCUACCCCACCUCUCAUUGGACCUCGUUUGUGUGCACUUUACCUUGAGACCAAAACUGCCCACCCCAGCCCCACUCCCACCCUUUCUGGAGAUGUGGUAGAGAUGGGGUCUCUCCGGCUCCCUCUCUGGACUGGCUGCCCUGGCCCAGCCCCACCCUAGCCCCAGCCCUGUGGCCUUGUCAUCUCAUAACCUACUUACUUUGUCUCCUGGAUGAUUUCUGGUCAUGCUCCCAAAUGCAACUUCAGGUGAGCUAACGGGACUCCUCCUUGGGAAAGGGGUUGGCAAAAGAUCUGUAUAAUACAGCUCAGGGUGAUGGUGACAGAGGGUCAGUGGCCGUGCUGAUAAGAUAAGCCCUGGCUUGGCUGUAGAAAAUACCAUAAGGGAAACCUUUUGGCCAAUAUCCAUCACCCACUCUGCUGAGGCCAGAGGAAGGGAGGCCUCGUGGGCAGACUGGCUCAUGACUGGGGAGGAGGCUGAGCUAGGUCCCACAGCUAGGGCGUGGCUGGUCCGGCUGUGCCAGAAUCCAGGCCAUACCUACAACUGGUUCUCUAGCCCUGGUGUACUGCCCCACCCCCCACCCCCGCCUUCUUCUAGUCACUUCAAACAUUCUCUGAGGCUCGGGGAUGUCCUUCUCCCAUUCCAGAGAAUAAUCUGAUGGUGCAGGGGCCAAAAGCCCAAGAUGUCUAGACGGCUGCUGGGUCAAGGUGGCUGAUAGCCCCCUUUCUACUUCCUGAUUGUGAGCUGGCUUGUUUUCUGUCCUGAGCCCCUGGCCUGGGAGAAGAGUGGGGUCCUGAGAGCAGAAGGGCCAGAGGACAGGGGCAAGUGCUCUUCCAGCCCUGGGCCGGGUGUGAAUGAGGCACGAGCACAUAUGCCUUGGCCACACCAAGGGGACUUUGCAGUGUCUUUUUAACCUUCUCAGAAAAUUUCUCAAUCUCUGUGAUUUAUGUAAUACUAAUGAGCUGUGGGCAAUAAAUGAUGGAUUUAAAGCA